CGAACCUCGCGCCCUUUAUGCCGCCAUUUUUGCCUUCUUUCUUUGGUAGAACAACAACAGAGGAGUGUGUAAGCACGUAAAGAACCCCGGACAGGGAAACACAUAGAUUGCCCAUCAGAUCUACAAUGGCUGACGGCGAAGACAGCAGAGAAGCCGAAGGACAACUUCAGCAAGCCGAACCUACCCCUGGAAAAGUCGUAGGAACUGUGAAAUGGUUCAACGUUAAAAGUGGUUACGGCUUCAUCAACCGAAAUGACAACCAAGAGGAUGUAUUUGUACACCGGUCAGCAAUCAAGAAGAAUAACCCAAAGAAGUACUUGCGCAGUGUUGGUGAUCGCGAAGUAGUCGAGUUUGAUGUUGUUGAAGGUGCCAAGGGCUUUGAGGCAGCAGAUGUAACUGGACUUGGCGGUGCACCGGUGCAAGGAAGCGAAUACGCACCCAACCGCUAUCAGUAUUUCCGUGGUGGUAGAGGACGCGGUAGAGGUGGCCGUGGAGUUGGGCGUGGUCGCGGCAGAGGCCGCGGCAGAGGUGGUGGCCGCCGAGGCGAUGCCCAGGACGACAAUGGCGACCUUGGAGAUGAGCGUCUACAGGGCGAGGAAGGUGGCGAAGAGCCACGCAGAAGGAGAGAGAGGCGUCGCCGGCCUCGUCCGGAAGGUGGCGAGGAAGGAGGCGAGGAAGUAAAUGAUGAGCAGGGUACUCCUCGCCGUGGUGGUCGCGGCGGUCGUCGUGGAGGGCGCGGUGGUCGUGGUGGCCGCCGUGGUGGUGGCAUGUCACAUGGUGAUAUGGCCGAGGUUGAUGGCGAGCAAGGUGCUGAGGGAUCCGAAGUACGAGACGGCGAGGAAGGAGGCGAGCGUCGUCCUCCACGCCGUGGCCGUGGACGUGUUCGCCGUGGACGCCGAGGACGCGGACGUGGUCGUGGUGGUUCCGAAGCUGGUGCCGGUGGCGAGGAUGUUGGUGAGGGUUCAGCUGACUCUGGAGCUCAGGCGUAAUCUCUAUUCUUGUCAUGGCAGCACUAACAGCAGCAGCAAGACUGCAUUAGUGACGCUACAUGAAUUAUCUGUCAACCUAGUUCAGUGGCAUCAGCUGUCGUCGGCUUCUUCCAGCAGCACCGGAGGGGCACUUUAGCUCUCUUACCAUGAGUAGCCCAUUUUUCCAUCAAUAAUUUUUGGCGUUCCCAUCAAUGCCUUAUCCUUGUCAUCUUUUAUAUACUAGCAGGAGUUGUGAUGCUGAAUUCAAAACUUUGCAACGUUGUCGACAUCAAUCCUCUCACUCUCCCAAAAUAUUUUCCAUCUGUUCUGCCCACAUCACAGCAUCAUUGUGGUCGCCCUUUGGCUUGGUCUCGGCGGCGAUCAUGAAUGCAUGCAUGUGCUCUUGCUUGGCGUGGCUCAUGGUCCCUCUAUCUUCGAUCAUCAACAACAACAACACCUACAUUCUUUUGUAAACUAGAUCUCGUGUUGGUCUGGAUCGCUUCAACUUCUAUUCCUACCCACUAUCUCUUGUUUCCCUCUCUCCCAUGUGCGCCCGUAUCUUUCUUGAUCUUCAACUUCCUCACGCACUAUUCUACUUCCCAUCGCCGUCUUUGCUUUUGUUUCUGUCUUUUUUGUGUUUAGGCUGUGUUGCGUUGUCAUGUACCACCUCUUCUUGCUACUCAUGCCCUUCGUCACCGUUAUUUGGUAUCGAUGUCACAAAAUGUCACAAGUUUAACUGUCGCUCUUGCGACUCUACCCUUCACCCCGACCAUUCUAACCGUAUCGAUUAUUAUUUUGACUGUUGGCGCGUCGGCUUGAUGGUCUUUGUUGCCAAUUUAUCAUGUACAUUUUUAUUUUGCCGUUGACAGAAAUUGAGUAGUGUUUUCCGGUGCCCA